CUGGGAUGUGUCCAUCACUUCCUUUUACUGGAGUGCCGCCUCUAUUUUACCUGGCACUCCUCAUCCUGCACGGAACGCGAGCGCUGGUCCAGAGAGCGCCCGGACGCCACAAGGAAGAUGACGGAAGCGGAGCUCUACGUCCAGUAUAAAGGGGUUUUCGUCCCCAAACUGGUUCACACCCCGGAGUCUCUCCAGUUCUUCGAAGAGUUCACUUUCCGCCACGACGACAUAAUAGCGGUCACUUACCCCAAGUCUGGUACUACAUGGAUGCAGGAGAUUCUGCCGUUGAUCGUGAGCGAGGGGGACAUGACCCCUGUUCUGACCUUGACCAACUGGGACCGAAUGCCCUGGCUGGAGGAGCACCGUGCCAAAGAGCUGAACUUUGAUCAGAGGCCACCCCCCCGCUUGUCUGUCUCACACUGCCAUUACUCCAUGAUGCCUGAAUCGUUCUUCAAAGUAAAACCCAAGGUUAUUUACGUGAUGCGAAACCCAAAAGAUGUUUUCACCUCUUCCUAUUACUACUAUGAUAUGGCAUCAUACAUGGUAAACCCUGGGACAAAAGAUGAAUUCCUGGAUAAAUUUCUGGAUGGAAAAGUGAUAUUUGGCUCAUGGUUUGAUCACGUGAAGGGGUGGCUUGGUGCCAAGGAUCAAGAUCGUAUUAUGUAUAUUUCGUAUGAGGAAAUGAUACUUGAUCUGAAGGCCUCCAUCUCCAAAAUCUCCCUUUUCAUAGGGAAAACUCUGAGCCAGGAGGUCAUCGAGAAGAUUGCGGAUCACUGCAUGUUCAAGAACAUGAAACAAAAUAAGAUGUCUAACUACUCCCUUGUGCCAUCAGAGUAUAUGGACCAGAAGAAGUCUGAGUUUCUCAGGAAAGGAAUUGCUGGAGACUGGAAAAACAACCUAACAGAAGCCCAGGCUGCACGUUUUGAUUCUGUUUACAAAGAGAAAAUGAAAGAUGUGAAUUUUAAAUUCAUGUGGGACGAAAACAUGCAGCUCUGAUUCUUCGGUACAGGAUGUAUCUUCAUCAGAAAUAGAACAUGAAUUUUGUUCAAAAUAAAGUAUCGCUUUCGAGCCGUAGAUGAGAUCAAUAAGCCUAUUCCGUACAACGUCUAGUGAGGUUUGCUUCAAAUUCUUACAAUGAAACUGCUAUCAUGAAACGGCUACAGCACUUUCUGAAUGUAGGCUACAGUUAAUCUACAUAAAGCAUCUGUUUACUAUCCUAUUUCUGACUCUGUACCUGACCCAUAACUGAAGUAUUUUGAAAAUGAAUAUAUUUUGCUAAUUUCUUUACCCUGUCUAAUACAUUAAUGUAAAAAAGUAUGAUUUUAUGCACCGGUAGUGAUUUACAAAGGACUUACUUUUUACCAUCAGUGACAGCUGUAAACUUUACAGUAAAGGUCAGUCUCUGGAACCAACGAUGGAAGACAUGCCUGUGUG